GCUCUGGAAUUCUCCACUACAUUUUAUCUCGCCGGACAUUUUCAGGAGGUGGGAGGUUUGAUUUCUGGAAAGGACAGAGUUAAAAAGCGAUCACAUUUGAUGUGGUUUUCACUGAUGUUAUAGAGGUGAAAAAUUUUGCUUGAUUUUGUUGAUUUUCCUCUCUUUUCUUGUCAACCAAACAAGGGAUUUCUCUGAGGUUUCUGUUGGCGGCGGUUGACAUGACAUCGUUAGUGCAGAAAAUUCUGGAAGAAGAGCUCAUGGAGGCUGCAAAUGCGCUUCUACCCCUUCAUACUCUUGAACAACUCCGUUUUUCGCUUGAUAAACUAGACAAAUGCUUGGCUUGGGUUGGACAACCACAGGUCAAAUCUUUCCAAGCUGCUCUGGAUCAUGCAGGGAAAGUACUAACAGCCAAAGAACUUUUGAAUCAUGCGGACGUGGAUGUGAGGGUUUCUGUUGCAUCAUGCAUCAAUCACAUUCUUAGAAUAACUGCUCCAGAUGCUCCUUUUGAUGAUGAGCGACUGAAGAGAAAAUCAUCCAGAUUUUGUUUUCACAAGCAUGGGUUUGAUUAUGAUCAUGAUCUUGGACGAAUUAGAUGGAGGAUUUGCUAG